UUUCCUCAAUUCUUCUAUUUCUUAGGCUCAUCUCUGCAGUUCUUUUGCCCGAUUUUCCCCGUCGGUGGCGUAAUUUACUGACUUUUUCUGAAGAAGCCGAGUCCAGAACGUGUGCUUACCCUUCACACGUGUGGAAAGCCAUUGUUGCUUAUGAGGACAGGCGAUUCUUUACGCAUUUUGGUGUUGACCCAGUUGGGAUUGCUAGAGCUACGGUGUCGUUUUCGGCCCUUGGCGGUGGGAGCACCAUUACCCAGCAGUGCUGGUGCCUUCUUGUCAUCUCGAAAUGGAACUUUUAAAGCUGCUGUUUCAAAUCCCCCUCAGCUGACCAACUUCUACCUUUGUGUCAUUCAUGUGGCAUCAAACACAAUCAUCUGGUCUGCUAAUCGUGAUGCCCCCAUCUCCAAUUCUGGUAAGAUGACUCUAAAUGUUAAAGGGAUUAGCAUGGCUGAUGUAGGAGGCAAUCCCAAAUGGUCAACUCCACCGUUGGAGUCGUCAGUAUACUCAUUACAACUGACUGAAAUGGGUAAUCUUAUACUGCUUGAUCAAUUCAAUGAUACUUUAUGGGAAAGUUUUCAGCAUCCAACAGACACAGUUGUGAUUGGACAACGCUUGCCUGCCGAAAUGUUUCUGUAUAGUUCUGUAUCAAGUAAUGAUUUAUCAACUGGUGAUUAUAGGCUCGAAAUUAGUGCCUCUGAUGCAAUAUUGCAAUGGCAUGGACAAACAUAUUGGAAAUUAUCCAUGGAUACACGGGCUUAUACAAAUUCCAAUUUUAUAGUGGAAUAUAUGGCAAUGAACAGCUCUGGUCUUUUUCUUUUUGCCCGUAAUGGAUCGGCAGUUGUGAUUCAGAUGAUUUUGUCUCCAUCUAAGUUUCGAAUUGCCAAGCUUGAUUCUUCUGGUCAAUUUACUGUCAGUAGCAUUUCAGGUUCUGAAUGGAAGCAGGAAUUUUCGGGGCCCACUGAUGCUUGUCGAAUUCCUUUCAUUUGUGGCAGACUUGGGUUGUGUACUGCAAGUGCUGCAUCUUCUAACCAAGUAUGUUCAUGUCCUACAAGCUUCCAUGGAAGCUCACAGUACACCAGUGGUUGUGUACCAAGUGUUAGUUCCUAUUCUUUGCCACUUGGUUGUAGCACAACCAAUCAAAGUAUUGACCUGAAUUCAUCUGUUUCAUAUCUGAGACUUGGCUACAGUAUGGAGUAUUUUUCCAAUGUCUUCUCUCAACCUAUUUUUGGUGUUAAUUUAUCAAUUUGCGAAGAUCUCUGCACAAAGAACUGUUCUUGCCUGGGAGUUUUUUAUGAAAACUCAUCUAGUUCUUGCUACAUGCUUGAAAAUGACUUGGGGUCCAUCAUUUUCAGCAAUACAGGUCAAAAUGACAUGUUGGGUUAUGUUAAAGUUCUUGUCAAACCUACAUCACCAAACAACAAAGGUGACGACAGUGACCAAAGAAGGAACUUUCCUAUAGCUGCUCUUGUGCUUUUACCAUUCGCUGGCUUAUUUCUUUUGGUAGCUUUAGGUUUCCUCUUGUGCAGGAGAUGGAGAUUCUCCAAGAGAAGAGAGAUACAGUUAGGCCAUCAAAGGUCAUUUUCUUCAGGAGAUCUGGAUGCUUUCUACAUCCCAGGCUUACCUAAAAGGUUUGACUAUGAAGAGCUUGAGUUAGCUACUGAUAGCUUUAAAACCCAGAUUGGCUCAGGUGGAUUUGGUUCUGUAUACAAGGGUACACUACUUGACAAAACUGUUGUAGCUGUAAAGAAGAUAACUAAUUUAGGUAUUCAAGGGAAAAAAGAAUUUUGCACUGAGAUUGCGGUUAUUGGUAAUAUUCAUCAUGCGAACUUGGUCAAAUUGAAAGGGUUUUGUGCUCAAGGAAGACUGCGUCUAUUGGUUUAUGAGUAUAUGAACCGUGGCUCAUUGGACCGAACCCUUUUUGGCAGUGGACCAGUCAUAGAAUGGCAAGAGAGGGUUGAUAUAGCCCUUGGGACAGCACGUGGGCUUGCAUACUUGCACAGUGGGUGUGAACAAAAAAUCAUCCAUUGUGACAUCAAGCCAGAGAACAUUCUCUUGCACGAUCAAUUUCGAGUGAAAAUAUCUGAUUUUGGGCUCUCUAAGCUUCUAAGCCCUGACCAGUCUAGUCUUUUCACAACAAUGAGAGGUACACGUGGCUAUCUUGCACCAGAAUGGCUUACUAAUGCUGCAAUCUCAGAGAAAACUGAUGUCUAUAGUUUUGGAAUGGUUGUGCUAGAACUUAUUAGUGGAAGAAAGAAUUGCUCUUUACGUUCACAAAGCCAUAGUGUGAAUGACAGCAAUAGUGGUGGUGCAGUCUCAUCCUCUUCCUCUGGUUCUGGACUCAUUUAUUUCCCACUAUUUGCACUAGAGAUGUAUGAGCAAGGAAGGUACUUGGACCUUGUUGACCCAAGGCUCGAGGGACGUGUUACAAGUGAAGAGGUGGAAAAGUUGGUACGUGUAGCUUUGUGUUGCGUUCAUGAGGAACCAGUUCUGCGGCCUAACAUGGUUGCUGUUGUUGGCAUGUUGGAAGGUGGGAUGCCUCUUGGUCAGCCAAGAUUAGAAUGUCUAAAUUUCUUGCGCUUUUAUGGGCGUCGGUUCACUGAGGCUUCUGUGAUGGAGGAGGUGACUGAGCAAAAUGAUACCGAUUUACAUCCUCCAGCAAAUGUUUCUUCUACAAGCUCAAUGUCUGACGCACGUUAUUAUUUUUCUUAUGUUUCAUCGCAGCAGAUAUCAGGACCUAGAUAAAAUUUUGUGGUUGAGGAGUUUUUUUUAUCGUAAAUGGCUGUUAAAUGUAUGUUAUUUGAAUUGUAUCAGAAUCUCUGUAUAAUUUACAUUUAGAUCCACUUGUGCUUCUUACUUAUCACCAUAAAUUUCAUGGUGGAUUAGCUGAAUGACUUUAAUGUAUUUGGCUCAUGUAAAGGUUUUUUUUAGAAGACUGUCCCAUGCAAAUUGAAGAGAGCUUUUUGUUUUU